CUGCGGUCCGGCUGCCUUGCCACUACCGCGGAGCUCGCAUUCACUGACGGACUCUCAGUUUGGCGUCUCAGUUUGGCUUCUCCUUCACCGUAUUUAUUGGACACAUUUUGUUGCCUUGUGACGAGUGCAAGUGCACAAAGCAACACCACUCGCCGACUUUGGAGUCAGAGUUUGGAGGAGGUUUGUGUGGACGCUUCCAGACAGUAACGAGACGGAGUGACUAAAAAGUUUGAGGGCGCUGUCCGAAAAUAGCGGUUGCGGUGUUGAAGGAAUGCCUGAGGCCAGCAGUGUGUCGGCGCACAGGUAAGCAGUAUGCGCACUGCUGCGGUCAUGGCAAGGCCAGCCGGGCAGCUGACUCCUUGCGCUGAGGUCACCCGCCUGCUGGUGCUGGCGCUGGUGCUGGCGCCGGUGUCUUCAGCAGAAGAGCACGAGUGGCACUUCAAUGCAGCCGCUCAGUGCCGUUACGCCCUGGGGAUGGAGGACGGCAGCAUCCUGGACACCGACAUCAGCGCCUCCAGCUCCUGGUCAGACUCCACCGAAGCCAAGCAUGCCAGGUUGAGCAGCGGAGAAGGGGAUGGAGCUUGGUGCCCCGCGGGCGCUGUCUUCCCCGAUGGAUCGGAAUACCUUCAGGUGGACCUUCGCAAGCUCCACUUCCUGGCCCUGGUGGGCACACAGGGUCGCCACGCCGACGGGCACGGCCAGGAGUUUGCCCGCAGUUAUCGCCUGCGCUACUCUCGGGAUGGUGUGAAAUGGAUCACCUGGAAGGACCGCUGGGGCCAGGAAGUGGUGUCCGGGAACGACAACACCUAUGAUGUGGUUCUGAAGGACCUGGGCCCGCCCAUUGUGGCCCGCAUGGUACGCUUCUACCCGCUGGCUGACAGGGUCAUGAGCGUCUGCCUUCGAGUGGAACUCUACGGCUGCGUGUGGGCCGACGGGCUGAAGGCUUAUACAGCUCCUGUGGGCCACGUGAUGAAUCUGUCAGGCUCGCCUGUCUACCUGAACGACUCCACCUACGACGGCAGCGCCGAGCAAGGGGUGCAGUUUGGCGGCCUGGGUCAGCUGUGCGACGGCGUCCUGGGAGGAGACGACUUCACGGAGAGCAAGGAGCUGCGGGUGUGGCCCGGCUACGACUACCUGGGCUGGAACAGAGACGUUCUGGCCAAGCCCGCCGUGGACAUCGAGUUCCACUUCGAGAAGCCUCGCCUGCUCCGGGUCAUGCAGGUGCACAGCAACAACCGUCACACUCAGGGCGUGCGGGUGUUCAACAAGGUGGAGUGUUCCUUCAAGGGUGGGCUGCUGCAGCCGUGGUCAUCGCCGGUCCUGACCCUGUCGGUCCCACUGGACGACCUCAAGGACCCAUCAUCUCGCACGCUCUCGUUGCCCCUGGACGGACGCCUCGCUCACAUCCUGCGCUGCAGCUUCUUCUUUACCGACCGAUGGAUGCUCCUCAGCGAGAUAACCUUCCUCUCAGACACUUUUGAAAAGGACGAGAAUCAGAUGAAUGAUCGCAAGACUCCCACCACCAGCUCCUCCCCUUUUGUCAACCACACCUCGGCCUCUUCCGCCCUGAGCCGCAGAGGCGCCACUGCCGCCUCUUUGCCUCCUCCCACCACCACCUCCACCCUCAUGACAGACACCACUACUAAUUGGACGCUGUCAGGUUCCGAGUUGGCCGCCGUGUCUCCAAGGGCGGGGCUUCCCGUGGCAAAGGACGACAGCGGCGAUGCGGCCGUCCUGAUUGGCUGCCUGGUGGGCAUCAUCCUGUUGCUGCUGGCCGUCAUCGCCGGCAUUCUCUGGAGGCAGUACUGGAAGAAACUACUGGGGAAGGCGCAGAGCGGCUUGUCGGGCGACGAGCUACGCGUGCAUCUCUCGGUGCCCUCGGACAACGUGGUCAUCAACAACACGCACAGCUACUCCAGCCGCUACCAGCGCAUACACACCUUCCCCGACGAUCCCGAGCGCGAUGCCGAAAGCGAGUACCAGGAGCCCAGCGCCUUGCUGCGCCUGCGGGACCACUGCAACAGCACGGCCUUGCUGUUGCACAACCCGGCCUGUUAUCUGCUCUUGUCAGAUCACAGGGAAGGCUCCAGGCCCAGCACCUGUCGGGCUCAGGAAAAGAGUCUCAAUGUGCCCCAUGGGUGCGGCUCAGAGUCUUCCCCGGAUAAGGGAUUCCCCCCGGUACGGGACGAGCCGCCGCCCUACCCGGGCUCACUGCCCUACCCAGCGUCCCCCCCGCUGCCUGCCAGUGUCCCGCACUACGCCGAGGCCGACAUCGUGAGCCUGCAGGGCGUCAGCGGCAACAACACGUAUGCCGUACCAGCCCUGGCCUCGUCCGGUCCUGGUGCCGACGCCGGCCCCUUGCCCGAGCUGCACCGCCAGUGUCUCGUCUUCAAGGAGAAGCUCGGGGAAGGACAGUUUGGAGAGGUGCACCUGUGCGAGAUUGAGAACCCUCAGGACCUUCCAAACCUGGAGUUUCCCUUCAACGUGAGGAAAGGUCGCCCUCUGCUGGUGGCUGUCAAGAUACUGCGGCCUGAUGCUUCCAAGAAUGCCAGGAAUGACUUCCUGAAGGAGGUGAAGAUCCUGUCCCGCCUGAAGGACCCCAACAUCAUCCGUCUUUUGGGUGUGUGCGUGAGCAGCGACCCGCUCUGCAUGGUGACUGAGUACAUGGAAAGCGGCGACCUCAACCAGUACUUAUCCCACCGAGUUCUGCUGGACAAGAGCGGGCCUUUGCACACCAUGCCCACCAUCGGGUACCCGGCCCUCAUCUCUAUGGCUGGCCAGAUCGCAUCGGGGAUGAAAUUCCUGUCCUCGCUCAACUUUGUGCACCGCGACCUGGCCACACGCAACUGCCUGGUGGGCGGCGAGAGGGGCAACAGCAGCGCUGAUGACCCCAGCGGAGAGCGCCACAUCAAGAUCGCUGACUUCGGAAUGAGCAGGAAUCUCUACGCCGGAGACUACUACAGGAUCCAAGGCCGAGCCGUGCUCCCCAUACGCUGGAUGGCCUGGGAGUGCAUCCUCAUGGGUAAAUUCACCACAGCCAGCGACGUGUGGGCGUUUGGCGUGACCCUGUGGGAGAUGCUGAGCGUGUGCCAGGAGCAGCCGUACUCCAACCUGACAGACGAGCAAGUCAUAGACAACGCCGGAGAGUUCUUCCGAUACCAGGGCAAACAGGUGUAUCUGGGCAAGCCCGCCGUGUGCCCUCAGGGUCUCUACGAGCUCAUGUUGGGUUGCUGGAACAGAGACUGCAAGCUGCGGCCAUCCUUUGGCCACAUCCACGCCUUCCUUGAAGAGGACGCCAUGAACAUGGUGUGAGGCCGCACAGCGCUUCAACGAGCCGCGUCAAUGUGCCGACCGCCCCCCGGACAACCAUGUUUUGUACUUAUUUGGUGGGCGGGGACUACUGGAGACGCUGCUGGUUCAGUUUUUCCCCCACACUCUCCAAAACCACAAAAAACUGAAGCUUGAUAGGUGUAGGUAGUUUUGAGGCUGAGCUACAUUGUGUCGUGUAGUGGUGGCGGGUGCAAUCUGCAUUAGGAGCCUUUUCUUCUUACAAGGACAGGAAAUGAGGCGAGAGGAAGGUGAAGGAGCGUCGCAACAUCUCGGGGCUACGGCCCCUCUGAACCGUCGGUGGAGUGGUUCACAUUGCCGCCAUUCUUUAAGUAGGCCCAUCCUCGAUUCUCAGCAAAUGGCAAUCAAGUCCAGACUGAGCCCAAGUUAAUUGGGAUGUUCGCCCUGCAAUGCUUAACUGUGAGCAUGGUGAUUCAGUCAACCCAAACUCAAAAUGGAGGACUCGUCAUCCUCCUCAAGAUGUGGUGUCUCGAAGAGCCGCUUGGAUAUUUGGAGAUGACAGUGUCGUGAUUCACAUAGCUAUGUGACUCAUGACACUGCCUUGGGUUCAAUUCCAGGGUGCGCCCUGACUCGCGCUGGAACUUUCUUUUUUGCCCCCAAGCAUGUUGGCUAUGGUGCACUUCCCAGCCCCACCAGCCCAAAUUGACUCUGAAAAUGACAGUUCCUCAAUUGUGGUGACACAACCUGCCAAAUCAAAUGCUCAGUCCAAACGCAAAUUAGGCCUGGCCUUUUCAAACACGUCUGCCUCCUGCACUUCUGCCUUCCACUCGCUAUUGGGUCAAGGAGGAUAUUGUGGAUCUUCGGUGCCUCUCGAUCGUAUUGUUUACUGAUUGCAAAUGGCCUCGGUGCUGUUUGAGUCAUUUUUGAUACACUGUAGUUCAACUGAAGCUGUAUUUUUAUAGUACAUGCUUUCUUUAGUUUGUACAUAUUUUUAAAUGCAAAUCUUUUAUUUUCCUGAACUAAUAUGGAAAACCUUCGAGUCUCCUGUAUGUGUGUAACGCUUGCUGCCAUUGUGUCAUCCAUGUGUGCUGUUUAUUUUUGUAGGCAUCUCAAUAAAGUUGAGCCCUUUCCAAUAAUUAAAGCAGAACUUUAUUUGUUGAAUGUCACUUUAAUACAGAUAAAUGCUGCACAUUUAACACUAUCACUGGGGCUACACAUGCUUUGUUGUAACAUAAUAAAAAGUAGAUGUUUAAAAAGGGCUACACUGAAAAAUGAAGCGGCACCUGCAGUGGCAGCAUUAUGGCUCGCAUAUAGGCUUGCACAAACUGGUAACUUUCCAUAGAAUUUGUCGGG